GUUGGACCUGCCAUCCCUCACCAACCCGAAACACGAUACCUUGACCCCUCUCUCACCUCCAUCCAGCUCCACUCCCUGACUCCCGAACCUGACUCUAUCCUACCGCAACCCUGCUCCCUUGAAACCCCGUCAUGUCGCUGCCGAGCGACUACACCAACGAGAUCAGUGCCCUCAAUCGCGACAUCCUCAAGCACAACCCCAAGGACAUUCUCCAAUUCUGCGCCAACUUCUUCCACCGCCGCCUCGAAUCCCAGCGCGCCGAAUUCCUCCUCUCCCAGCGACAUUCCGCGGCCGAGAGCACCUUUCCGGGCUCCAAUCCCUUUGGUGGCACCUCAAAUCCAGCCACACAACCCACCUCGUCCACCGCCGGCGGCAUGCAUUCCGUCACUGAAGAGGAGGAACAUGAUUUCGCCUCGCCGACCGCAUCGCACUUCCCUCCCGACGUCUCUCACUCCCCACGCGCCGCACCCUCGUCCACCCCCAGCGAUAACAACAGUGCAUUUGGCAACUUUGGAGGCUUUGGCUUCGGCACCUCCAACAACACCUCUCGUUCUGGAGAGGCUCCUCCUGCAGCCACCGCCGGCGCCAUGGAUCAACCUCAGUCGUUCCCCAGCAACUACAACAUGAACCGCCGUACAUCGGUCUCUGCGGAAUCGCUCGCGCCCGCCGCCGCCGAUGACAGCAGCUGGAAGGCUCCGACCUACCCCAAGACCCAAGAUCAAAUCUCUCGUCUUCGCGAGGCCGUCUCUCACAAUUUCCUCUUCUCCCACCUCGAUGACGACCAGUCCGCGCAGGUCUUGGGCGCCCUUCAAGAGAGGAAAGUUCCUGCAAAAGACGUGCGUGUGAUUGUGCAAGGUGAUGCCGGCGACUACUUCUACGUCGUCGAAUCCGGCAGCUUCGACAUUUAUGUCUCCCCCACUGGCAAGGUCGAGAACGGUCCCGAAGGCAUGGGCGCUCGAGUUGCCAGCUCCGGACCCGGCACAUCCUUCGGCGAGCUGGCCUUGAUGUACAACGCUCCUCGCGCCGCGACCGUCGUCUCCACCGAACCAUCCAUUCUCUGGCAACUCGACCGCGUCACCUUCCGCCGCAUCCUGAUGGAUUCAGCCUUCCAGCGUCGCCGCAUGUACGAGUCCUUCCUCGAAUCCGUCUCGCUUUUCUCCUCCCUCACGCCAUACGAACGCUCCAAGAUCGCCGACGCCCUCGAAACGACAAAAUACCCCGCUGGCAGCGCCAUCAUUCGUGAGGGAGACGUGGGCGACAAGUUCUACAUCUUGGAGUCCGGUCAGGCAGAGGCUAUCAAGAGAGGCCGGGAGGAUCGUCCAUUGAAACAAUACAAGGUCGGCGACUACUUUGGAGAGUUGGCGUUGCUGGAUGACAAGCCCCGUGCGGCGAGUGUGUUGAGCAAGACGGAGGUCAAGGUUGCGACGCUGGGCAAGGAUGGCUUCCAGAGAUUGCUGGGUCCGGUGGAGAGUAUCAUGCGGAGAGAUGAUCCGCGAAACGCCGCGGGCAGGUGA